AUGGGAUCUGAAUCGACCGAGGCUGCUAUCAAGAUGGCCGGAUGCUACACAGGGAAAUUCGAGAUCGUUUCAUUUGCUGCCAGUUACCACGGCCUCACUCAGGGCUCUGGCUCCGCGACCUAUUCGGCCGGCCGAAAAGGUGGUGGACUGGUUACGCCCGGUCAACUCGCAUUCCCUUCGCCGUACGCGUAUCGUUCGCCCUUCCGUAAGCCCGAUGGUUCUUACGACUUGGAGACUGAACUCGAUUUUGCUUGGUCUAUAAUCGACCACCAGAGCGUAGGCUCUCUUGUGGGCCUUAUCAUGUAG